AUGAGCCGAGGGAUUGAAGAAGAGGUUGGUGUUUGGGGAGGUGAGUACAAGGAUGACGAUGACGCGUAUGAGCUAAUUGAAGAAGUAGACGCCCUGCGUGCAAGUGAUUGGUGGUGGCUUGGACGAAAGGAUAUUGUCGAUGUGGACAGAAAGCGUGAGCGGUUGUCAUCGCUUUCGUCUGAGCUGGAUGAAGUGGUGUAUACGGAAUCUUGA